AUGGAUCAUCAUAACAUCAUUCAUUUGGAGUUCUUGGAACAACUCUUGAUUCAGCUACAUAAAGUCCCCUACCUGGAUAUAGUUGCCAAGAUGACAAACGUUGAUGGCUGUAACUCUGACUUUGUGCAGGGUCAACCUUAUCUAGAAAGCAUGAGCCGGCAAUUAAAGGAUGUCAAUCUCUAUGUAGAUGACAGAAAGCAGCAUAAGUCCGAUGGGUUGAUCAAGCUUUUUGGCUUGAAUAAAUUAGAAUUGUUGUUGUUAGAAGCACCUGGCUGCUUCUCUAAUAAAGAUGAAAAGAAGAUAAAACUCGGCUAUCACAAAUGUGUGUACGGUUCAUUGACUAUACUCGAAUGCAUAACCGACGACUAUGCUUACGCCUCUCUGAAUAUCUUCACCUUGGUGAAGGUAUUUUUCCUUCAAGCAGUAGGUUUCGCGGUUAUGCCCUCAUCGGAAAUUGAAUUAAACGAGUCCUCAGCACAGGACCUACUUUCUUUUAUUCUUGAACAAAUGUCUGGUAAAUACAAUGUCAUUGUGGACAUGGAUGACGCUGCCUAUACGCAGCCUGCCACUAUAGAAAGCGAUGGAUUAGAAUUUCAAGACUUUUCCACUUCUAGCACAGGAUUAAACAAACCUCAGGCACCACCUCCACCCCCUUUAUUACCAGAAACUGCCACAUCAUCCAACAGUAAUAGUGGCGUUGGAAAGCCUAUUUGGUCAGUCGAUUAUUAUGCUAGAUUCUUCGAUGUGGACACAACUCAGGUCGUUGAAAGAUGCUUAAAGUCAAUGUAUCCUGUAGGUGACUUUGCAGCAGAUACGCUCCAAAACCAGCCUGAUCUGUAUGGGCCUUUUUGGAUUGCCACCUCUGUUGUAUUUGCAGUAUUUGUGUGCUCAUCGCUCGCUGGGUCAUUGGCUGCUUAUAUCGCGGGAAAAUCACACAUUUAUGACUUUACAUUGCUGAGCUUUGCAGUCAUUGUUAUCUACAUGUACGCCUUCUUAUGUCCCGCACUUGUCUGGGCUUCAACCAAAUAUUUUGGCUGUCAACCCAGCUUGUUGGAAAUCAUCAACUAUUACGGAUAUGGAUUGACGAUUUGGAUACCAGUUUCGCUACUCUGUAUCAUACCCUUUGAUUAUGCUAGAUGGGCAUUUGUAGGCAUAGCUUUCAUCAUCACUCUGGUCUUUUUAGUGAAAAAUCUGUAUAUUGUUAUAGCCAGGACAGAUGCAAAGACUUCACGUAUCAUUUUACUGGCCAUCUUAUUUGCACACAUUGUAUUCACUCUGGUCCUCAAGAUAGCCUUUUAUAGUUAUGAUUAUACAACCACUGUUGACCAGCCUUAA